AUGGAUGGUACUGCUGCACCCUACGCACCAACGGCAAACCUAGACACGGUGGUUUUCUCCAAAGUAUUAGACCGCGAUCCGGCGACCAUUGACAAGAUCGUCUCUGCCUGCGAGAAUGUUGGAUUUUUCUACUUGGACAUUUCGGACCAGUAUUCCGCCACAAUGCUAGAGAAUCUUGACAAGUUGAACAUUGUCAUGAAAGACUGGUUUAACCAGCCAGCCGCCGCAAAGCGCAAAGAGCUUGCCAUCAGCAUGGCAUCUCAUGGAUACAAGCCAAUUGGAUCCCAGGCUGGAACGCAUGGGGGCCGUGAUGGCUGGGAAGUUCUCAAGACCGGUAGCUUCGAGUUGGCCGGACGGUGGGGUCUACCCCCCGUGGUCGAAAGUAACCUCCAGACGUUCACCUCGUUCCAGAGCCAGUGUCAUUACAUCACGCGAGUGCUUCUUGACCGCAUCUCCAACGCUUUGGGCCUAAAGGGGGCACAGAGCCUCAACCACUUCCAUCGCAGCGACUGCCCGUCUAAGAGCGCGCUUGCGUUCUUGCACUACAUUCCUAUGGAUCCGACAGGAGGUUAUGCCGGACACAACGUCCACACUGACUAUGGCACACUAACGCUUGUCUUUGCGCCUCAGUGGGGGUUGCAAGUUCUUUCACCUCCUGAAGCGCCCCCCCCGUCAUCGGCCUCCUCUUCAGCGUCUCACGACUCAGAUGAAAGUCUCGAUAGUGGCUACCACAGAGGACACAAUGAGAGCACCGACGAUGCGAAUCUCAAGAAAGAGAAGGUGGAAGCAAACUUAGAGUGGCAGUAUGUCGAGCCGCGUCCCGGUUGCGCCGUUGUCAAUGUGGCUGAUGUGCUACGAUUCUUGACACGCGAUAGACUGAAGUCGGCGGUACACCGGGUGCUUCCGCUGCCUGAUGUGGAUCGCUAUUCUGUCACAUACUUCCUGCGACCUAGUGAUGACGUUGAGUUCAUCGAUGGAGAAGGUCGGUUGACAAAUGUCAUGGAUUGGUACGACCGUAAGAACAACAUGUAUGAGGCUUCUUUCGGAGCUCAGGAUCGGUCCCUGCUGAUCGGAGGGUUGUACAAAGAGGUGUAA